UUCGCAUACUACCCCACUGUCGGCUGGAUAGCCAGGGUCAAGUCGCGGACAGGGUGCUGGAUCUGCAAGUAUCGCGGUACCCCGUCCUUUUAUGAACGCAUAUUAAAUACCGCUGAUGGCUGAUGGUUUUUUGAUUGGUCCCAUGGCAGGAUCCGCAAAGUCAAGUGUGAUGAAGCGAAACCGUACUGUAGACGUUGCCAGAGCACCGGUCGGAAAUGCUUAUACAAACUGAACGGGGGAAGUGAGCGCGUCGCAGAAUCACCGAUGCCGUCAAUAAGGCACACGCAGCCAUCUUCAGACCUGAUCACUCAUGCGUUGCGUGAGAGAAGGGCCUUUGAGUAUUACUGCCAUCAGGCGGGACCGGCGAUAGCGGGCGGCUUUGGCAACCAGUUCUGGAUGAGUGUCGUCCUCAAGGCCUGCCGAUCGGAGCCAGCGGUUUGGGACGGGAUUAAUACCAUCGGGUUGCUGUAUGAAAAUCUAGACCCAUUUCUCGGACCUCCCAUGGUCGUCGAAGCCUGGCCAUCCGUUAACAUACCCAAGGAAGCCUUGGCCUGGUACUCGCGCUCGGUAGAAAACACUCGAUCCAGAAUCGCACAAAACAAGGCCAAUAUAGAUGUGGCGCUUAUCACAUGUGUACUAUAUAUCUGUGCUGAGAUGCUCCAGGGUGAUAUGGCAAAAGCCAUUCGACUAUAUGAGCAAGCUGUGCAGCUGAUUCUAACUUGGCGGCGACAGGCUUCCAUGACGUCACGAACCGUAUUCAUGGUAGAGGACAUAUUGCCGCUGCUUGUUCGUCUAGGUGCAGUUGUUCUGAUAAUCGCUGGAUGCUCACCAGAAGGGUUGCCUCAGCUUCUAGCUAUAUCUAGCAACAACUCCAAGUUCUCAUCCCUGGAAGACGCCCAGACAGCGCUCCUGAAGCUGACCAUAGAGACCUUUGGCCUCAGGGAUGUGGCCCUCCGACAUGAGCGUCGUUCCAACGACCGCGUUGGGACCAUGUUUGAUUUGACCGUACAACAGCGGUCUUUGAUGUAUCGACUAGGAGAGUGGGACAGUGCUUUCGCCUAUCUCACAAGUGCGGAAGGACAGCCGUUUACUGACUUCCCAUAUCGAGGGGCAGUAGGAGUACUCCUGGCCUUUCGUGCUGUCACGUCUAUCAUUAUUUGCACAUGCCUUUCGCAGGAGGAGAUAGUGUAUGACAAGCAUAUAGAUCAGUUUCGACUGAUUGUCGAGCAUGCAGCAGCUGCAAUACAUGCAUCUGCGGCUCAGAAUCACACGCAGCCGCAGUUUACGUUUGAACCAGAUAUCGGCCCGCCGUUGUUUUUCACGGCCGUGAGAUGCCGAGACACAGCACUGCGAUGGAAGGCGUUGACUCUACUUCGACAAGCACCAAAGGUUCAAAGCUUAUUCAAGAGUAUGUCGUGGGCGACACUUGCCGAAACAAUCAUCCGGCUCGAAGAAAAUCAUUCACCGAGAGUAAGAGAGGGGCCGUCAUCUAACCUUACAUGCACUUUGAUUGCAGGAAAGGAAAGUCGUAGUGACCGUUUGCCCAGGGAUGAAGAUGGAUAUCUGGAUAAUCCGCAGGGAACCGUAUCCAGCGCAAAUGAGUCGGUUGAGGCCGGCGGCCAUUGUUCGGAUGAAUUGUCGAUAAACGGAAGUCACUGCAUCCCGGAAGAGUAUCGUGUGCAUGAAUUCGGCCUGUCUCAAGCAAAUGGAACCGCACCUUUUGGCUUAGCCUCGCGAACGCCCAGCCCCUUUGUCCUAAGAGUCACACGCAAUCAGCGUGAUCCAGUUACUGGAAACUUUGAGCUGGUAGAAUGCUUCCUGCCUAUGAGUUACUAGCGUAAUAAGUAAGCUGAAGUGUCGAAUUACUUGCCGCGAACUGUAUUGUAUGUUUAACAUGAACGGAAAAAAAGAGAAAAAUGACCAAUAUCCUUUGGAGUACCUUAUGAGCUCCAUAUGUGAAGUAGUCCUAGAAGCCAGGGCAGAGGCAAGGAACCGUCGUUCCAAAUCAAAACAUGAAUCAAAGGUGCUGGACUGGUUCCAAGCGGCUCCCGCGUCAUUUUUCGAACGACACGGAGCGUUAGGUCAUUUCUUAACCCAAUGUGUGAACAACCGAACGCAAAUGACUGAUACAGAGAAUUUACACUAAUAAAUAGUGGUAGUUCUCAUUCAAUAAUAUACAGAUUACACCUAUUGGAAAGGAAUCGGAAGUCUGCGGGCUCUCGUCGACCUGUCUCUACGCUUUACGGCAUUAACCUGAAAAGUUAUUGCUAUUAGGCAUUUGCGUAUAGGGCUCAAAUUCCCUAAACUGC